AUGCCUCGAUCCCUCCCCGCCCACUGCUUCGCCCGCCUCGCCAACACACUGCGCCACUCAAAGGCGCAGUACGAAUACAUCGCAGACUCCCACCGCGCCUCCGUCCGCCCCACGCAUAACGCCCGUAAACGCGCCGCCCGCCUGCACCUCACUGUUAACGUCCCCAAAGCCGCCGCGUGUCCCCAGACAUACGUCUCGCUCGUCCCACUGCCUCAUAUCGACGACUCUAUCCACCCAGGGAGCGCGCUCGUCCACGCGGCGUCCGAGGCUAUAUAUCCACAGGUCCCAGUCCCCGAGACAAGGCGGCUCCCGCCAAUCAUCAUCCCUGAUAGCCGCCGCUCCCCGCCGCCCGGGCCAGAGCUUGUUUCAUGUUUCUCCGCGUGGUCGGAUGGCGACGGCGGCGUGCCCAAUACGGACUCUUCUGGUGGCUCGUUCUGUAGUUCUGCGCUCAUGACCCCGCCGGAACAGGACCAGUCCUAUAUCGUGAUUCGCAUUAAGCGUAAAUCAAUUACUAUGUUGGAUGAAAGCUCUGAUGAUGAGGCUAUUGAGAAGCGCCCGAGGUACCUUCGAAAGGACUGGUCCUCUCGUCGUAUCUAA